AUCUCAUUUAAUUUUAAACGAUAAAUAAAAAUAAAUUCCCCCACCAAAUCAUAACAUCCUGCAUCAUCUCUCCUCUCUCUCUGAAAUAUAUAUACUCACGCACAUUCCCUCCUCUUUCCUCUGAUCUCAAGUUUCUCGCAUUUUUUCUCUCUCGGAAUCCAGGAGCCUUCUUUUCCAAGGUUCAGUUUCCCAGGAAUCUCGUGAAAUUCGUUGGAUUUUGUUGAAAAGAGGUUUGUUGUUCGUAGCGGCGGUCGAUCGUAAUUCAGAAGUUCAUUGAGUAGACAUAGAUAGGAGUUGAAUUUUGACGAUUCAGAAUGUUGGGAGAAUUCAUCACCAGAUGUCUUAUAUUGCUUCUUGGAUAUGCAUACCCGGCGAUUGAAUGUUACAGAGCUGUGGAAAAGAACAGAAUUGAUAUUCAGGAACUUCGAUUUUGGUGUAAAUACUGGAUCAUUGUGGCAUUUCUAACAGUUUUAGAGAGGGUCGGCGACGUAUUCGUUUCAUGGUUGCCAUUGUAUGGAGAGGUGAAGCUGGCACUCAUUAUCUACUUAUGGUCUCCAAAGACCAAGGGAACAGGGCAGGUGUAUGACACCUUCUUGCAGCCCCUUAUGGCAAGGCAUGAAACAGACAUUGAGAGGAAGUUACUGGAACUAAGAGCCAAGGUAUGGGACUUUGCCCUUUACUACUGGCAGAACUGCACAGAACUGGGUUCCACAAAAUUCUUCGAAAUGUUUCAGUACCUGGCUAAUCAAUCUGGAAGAACCAGAAGCGGUGACCAGAAGGAUGACCAACAACAUUCAAAUGGGCGGCACAAACCAUCCGGUUCCGGUAGUCAGUCAGGCAAGAACAAGUGGGCUCCUUCAGCUCCGCCGUUACCCACAAUCAAUCGAGCUGUAGCCGACCUCCCAAAAUCCCAUUUUGGACACAUCAUAGCAGAAUCUGAAAACAAUGAGGAAACAACCCCUCCAGGCUCCCCUAGUUCCCGCUCUUGGUUCAGGCUCCGCCGCAGCAGCAAACCCCACAAUUGACAUUUGCAAUACUUUGUAUAAAAAAAUCCACACCCAGAAAAAAUGAAAAAUGAAAAGAAAUCCUAGUAUUGAUGAAUUCUUCAA